GCCGCCGAAGCUGAUCCCCUCCUUCCUCCCCAACUCCGGGCCAGGGCGGCCGGAUCCGAUGCCCCAUCCCCGAAAGAAUUUUCGGUGGGAGGAGAGACGUGGACGAGAUUGGUGGGGGUGGCGGCGACCCUGGAGAACUCAGAGGCCGGGUGUUCAUUUCGAGUCUUUAAAGUUGAAAAGUGGUGGGAGGGGGCGUGCGGAAGAGGAGGGGGCCGGGGUUUGCGGAAAGAAAGAUGGCUGUUCCCGCGGGUCCGCGCCUGGUCGGGGGCGCCCGGCUGGACCCGAGGGUUGGGACGCACGCAUUCACCCCUUUCUGUCGGUGCCACGGCCCCCACUCCCCGGCCGCGCGCUCCCGCCCGCCCGGCCCGCGCCCCCGUCCAGGAGUGGAAGCUUCCAUUCCCGCCGGAGGGGGGCCCGGCGCGCGGCCCCGGCGAAGUCGGGGAGUUCGCGGGGGGAGGGGACCCAGGCCCGGCAUUACCAUUUUGAUUGCUUUGAUGCCAUUUUUGGAGGGGGAGGGGUUGGAAUACCCUUCUCUGCUGAGCACAAAGAUGUUUAAUCGCUGUGUAGAAUCAAAUCAGAUACUUUCUUUAAAAAAAAAAUCCAUCACUAAAUCUGGUACGGUGUGAUAGCUGAGGGUUACUAAGCCCUUUUUUUCACCGGGUAAAACAGCAAGUUGUUGACUCUCAUGCUCGGAGUAGAAGAUUUAAAAGAGAGAGAGAGAGAAAAAUCCAAUAAUCCAGCAGCUUUUAUUACAACAAUGUCUCUUUAUGUGUGCUUCCACAUAGCAAUAGUUGCACUGUUUGUAGUGGUUUUUCGGAGCUUAGGUUUGAUCAUUUCUUGUGUAUUGUAGCAACUAUUUCAAGGCUGUUUAAAUUUUUAUGAUGAUAGUAAAUGAGUAGCUAUUUAUUAUCUGUCAUGCCGGAAUUUAGAUGAGACUGAGAGAAACACUGAAAAAUCCUGUUUGAAGGCUGCGGUGCAGCUCCGGGAAGGAGCUGUCCGAUCCACGCUGCCUUUGCCUUUAAAUUUGAACUCGGGGAAGGAUGCUUGCGAAUGGAAUGUACCUCCAUCUUUUUGUGUGUGUGUGUGAGUGUGUGUUUAAAAAGAAAGAAAGAGAACAGCGAAAACUUUUGUUCUCUUGCCUUUUAAAAAAUGUUUCUUUUAAAUGACUAAAAAUAACAUCUGGUAAGCAGCCAGGGUUUGGCCUGGCCAUCGGAACUUGUGUUUGUAACUGUAAGUGUGUUGUUUUUCCUUUUCCCUUUGUGGCAUUUUAUGUAACAAGGGCUCAUAAAAGAGGGAGUGGAGGGGGCUGAGGCUUGGUGCAGCAUGCUAAUAAAGCUGCCUUGUCUCUCCCGAGCUCCACGGUGAAAUCUUGCAGAGGUCACCUAUGAAAUGAGUUGGGUAGACUUAACAUUUACUCGUCUCUCUCUCCUUGGGAGAGUUUGGUGGUGAUUGGCAGCUUGGCUGGGGGAAAGGUCGAUGAGGAGGCUCUUGGAGGUGAUUCUGGGCUGCACCCAGGGUCUUGAAGAGGAGCUGUGGGGCUCUGCUUGGCCACCCCAGAACCUGCCCGAGGAGCUGAAAUGUGGGAGCAGGCUUUGGGAACCAUCACUGCAGUGCCUGUCACUGGUCCUCAGGUCAGCUCCUUGCAGAGGUUGGCCGGGCAAGGAGCGGCAGAGCUACCUCAGGUUAGGCCAAAGACUCUGAUUCCAGACAGCCUCCCCGUCACCCCGGGCCGGGACCGGCCACCCAAGCAGCCCCCAACAUUCCAGAAGGCCACCGUGGUCAGCAUCAAGAACCCCAGCCCAGCCCUCCCCACUGCCAACAACACCGUGAGCCAUGUGCCAACGCCCGGCAGCCAGCCCCUCGCCGAGUCCGCCGCCGUCACCUCUCCUCUGAGCAGUGCUGGCGUGGCCUACGCCAUCAUCUCCACCGCCCCCAGCAAUGCCGCCGCCAUGGCCCCCAGCACCGCCGUGUCCGUGGUCAGCGACAGCAUCAAAGUCCAGCCCCUCCUCAUCAGUGCCGACAACAAGGUCAUCAUCCUUCAGCCUCAAGUGCAGACGCAGCCUGAGAGCACGGCGGAGUCGCGGCCGCCCACGGAGGAGCCAUCUCAGGGAGCUCAGGCCACCAAAAAGAAGAAGGAAGACCAGCCCCCAAGCCAGGAGAACCCCGAGAAAAUCGCCUUCAUGGUAGCGCUGGGCCUGGUGACAACGGAACACUUGGAAGAAAUCCAGAGCAAGCGCCAGGAGCGCAAGAGGAGGAGCACAGCCAAGCCCGCCUACAGCGGCCUCCUGGAGACAGAGAGGAAGCGGCUGGCGUCCAACUAUCUCAACACGCCCCUGGUCCUCACAGCCAGAGCCAAUGAGGACCCCUGCUGGAAGAACGAGAUCACCCACGAUGAGCACUGUGCCGCCUGCAAGCGAGGGGCCAACCUGCAGGCCUGUGGCACCUGCCCAGGGGCCUACCACCUCAGCUGCCUGGACCCGCCCCUCAGGACGGCGCCCAAGGGCGUGUGGGUGUGCCCCAAGUGCCAGCAGAAGGCCUUAAAGAAAGAUGAAGGUGUGCCCUGGACCGGGAUGCUGGCCAUUGUGCACUCCUACGUCACCCACAAAACAGUCAAAGAAGAGGAGAAGCAGAAGCUGCUGCAGAGAGGCAGUGAGCUGCAGAGCGAGCACCAGCAGCUGGAGGAGCGGGACCGGCGCCUGGCCUCGGCGGUGAAGAAAUGCCUGGAGCUUAAGACGAGCCUGCUGGCCCGGCAGAGGGGCACCCAGUCCUCCUUGGACCGCCUGCGGUCCCUCCUGAGACGGAUACAGGGCGAGCAGAUGCUCCAGGUCACCAUGACGACCACCAGCCCCGCCCCGCUGCUGGCGGGGCCCUGGACCAAGCCCUCAGCAGCCGCCAUGCACUCUGCCCUCCAGCACCCUCAGGGGCACAACUGACCCCGAGGGACCCGUCUUCACACCCACGGAAAGUUACUGGGACCCUGCUCACGAGACCUGAGGGUUCCGUCAGCCUUAAUUCAUAAACACUCUGAAUUUCAGACAAAAGUCAAACCAGACAGAGGGAGACAGAGGAAAGAAGGGAGAAGGAGCUGGGUGACCGUCCUGGAGCCGGGACCCGGUGGGGAUGGAGUCCUACGUCCUUCACCCUUAGUCGGGACACCCAGAAGCCGGGUGACGCACACAGUAGCCCCCACCGUGGUGGGACUGCCCAGGCCUCCGCUCCUGGGCCCAGCUGUCCCCGUGGCCUCGUGCUGCCCCCAGGCCGGCGGGAGGGAGGGAGGCGGAGGCUGUGGAGGGGCCCGGAGGCUGUGUAGCCCCAGCCCCCGCUGAGGGCAGCACCUCCCGGGGUCCUGCGGGCGGGAGCCGAGGACACGCAGACAUAGCUGAGUAGUAGGGUAGGUGGGACAGACGUGGGUAGCAAAUCUAGCUAGGACUCCGAGCCCCUCCCUCACAGGGGCCCAUCCCGGGCCCGGCACCCCCGGCGCCUUCCAGAAUCCGGGCCCCUGUCUGUCAGUAUUAUUAGCGUUCAGAUUCACAGCUGUUUGACUUGAAAGAACCCCUGUGGACGUGCGUCCCGAGGGGACACCGCCGUGCUCACCUGCUUGCCCGCCACGACGUCUUCGGAGCGCCCUCGCCGCCGGCGCCUCCUCCCUCCCGCGGAUCUCUUGGACUCACUUUGCUAUCGAUGUAUUUUUCUCAUGGACUUUUCGGGCAAGACGGAGCUGCAGCCAGGCGGCGGGGAGGGGCACCUGGCAGGUUUUCUAUUUUGGGUUGAAUCGUUCAACUUACGACGACUGAAGCCUUUUCUUUUCUCCUUUCGAAGAGCCGAUAAAGUAUUCCAUGCCUCUUUUCUUGCCAGAACAGACACUAUGCCAAAAAAUAACUUUCCAUUUUUGUAUGGCGUUUUUAUUGUGAGAUAUUUAAUGUGAAGGGGGACCCUUGCCGACUUCUUUUUCUGCUGACAGGAGUCUCUGCUGCAGGGGACGAAGGGGAAACCCCUGGGGGGGGGGGGCGCCACGCUGGAGAGACCCAGAGCAUUUUUAUAAGAAGUGUGGGGGAGGGGCGGGGGGAAGAGACGGUGGUGGCCUCAGCAGGGUCUGGCCUUCGGAGACCUGAGACCCGAGAGACUCUCUCUUUGCCGUGUCCUUGAGCGGGUGAGAGCUGAGGGUUGCACGCUGUCUUAAAGGGCCCCUGCGUCUCCGGGUGAGCUACGUCUGCGCAUCACACCCCCGGCUUCUCCAGUCCCCAGGGACUUAGCACAACUGGCUGAGAUCCGGGAGCCGCGGGGCUCCCACCCCCAGCAUAUCACAUGGUGCCGAAUUGCAUUGAAUACACGUGUACGUGUGCGCACGCGGCCCCAGACACGCACGCGCACACGCACGCAGACAGGUGCAGAGCAAGGAGGCUGGCCAGAAUCCCCGAGACUGCCACGGUCCCUCCUGUCAUUUUCACGACUCCGGGAGAAACUGUGCUGUACAAUACAGAUCUAUUUUAAUACACUUAACACUGGGUUGAACAAGAUUUUUAUAUUCUUUUAUUGAUGAACAGAGUGAACUGUGGGACACACAUCAUAUAUAUUGGUUACUCUAGAUGCUAAGUUUGCAUUGCUGCGUGGCUCGCGAUGUAAAUGUCUUCAGGUUCCUUUUUGGUUGGUUGGUUUUUCUUCUUGGAUGGAUUGAAUUAAAUUUUUUAAAAAUGUCAUGGGAGGUUACGAAAGCUUGGACCCGGGAGGGGUAGCAGCCGACGUGUCUUGAGAAUUAGUUUUUCGGACCAAGGAAGACCGUCCAGUGGAUAGUGAGGAUAGAGAAAAAGUGUUUGUCUUAAAUAUGCCAAUGUAGUUUUCCUUCUGUACGACGCAUUAAACUCGGUCGAUGAUUUCAAA